AUGGUCCUAUUGAAAACUGAAAUGUUGUUAUCUGUUACCCAGCAGAUCCACCUUUCAGCCUGGUUACAGAUUUCAUUUAUCUGGUCUUCUGCCUUGAAGCCCACUCAGAUACCGGCGUUCCGAAGGAAGCCUUUCAUAGCUGCCUGGAAUGCACCAACUGAUCAUUGUUCCGUGAGAUAUAAUGUUACCAUUGACCUCAGAAUGUUCCAUAUGAUUGGAAGCCCCUUUGCCAGAGCAAGAGGACAGAAUGUGACUAUCUUUUAUGUCAACAGGCUGGGAUAUUACCCUUGGUACACUCCCCAGGAUGUCCCUGUUAAUGGUGGACUACCACAGAACUUAAGCUUGCAAGCCCAUCUGGAGAAAGCCAGCCGUGACAUUAACUACUACAUUCCUAAUAAAGAUUUCACUGGAUUAGCUGUCAUCGACUGGGAACAUUGGAGGCCACAGUGGGAUCGUAAUUGGAGCAGGAAAGAUAUUUACCGCCAACAGUCCAGAAAACUUGUUUCCAAAAUGCAAGGGAAUGUUUCUGAGAACAUUGUUGAAUAUUUGGCAAAACUUUCCUUUGAGCAAAGUGCUAAGGCUUUCAUGAAGGAGACAAUUCAGCUCGGGAUGAGAAGCAGGCCCAAGGGCCUAUGGGGAUACUACUUGUACCCUGACUGCCACAAUUAUAAUUUCUAUGCCCAGAACUAUACCGGCUCCUGUCCAGAGAGUGAGGUUUUAAGGAAUAAUGAACUGUCCUGGCUUUGGAACAGCAGUGCGGCUCUGUAUCCUUCCAUUGGUGUGAAGAAAUCCCUUGGCAGUGAAAACAUACUGCGCUUUUCACAGUUUAGGGUGAAUGAGUCUAUGAGGGUUGCCUCCAUGACAUCCCAUGAUUAUGCUCUCCCAGUAUUUGUAUAUACCCGACUGGACUAUAAAGAUGAGCCUCUAUUAUUUCUGUCUGAGCAAGAUCUUGUUAGCACUAUUGGAGAAAGUGCUGCACUGGGAGCGGCAGGAAUUGUUAUUUGGGGAGACAUGAAUUUAACUUCAUCGGAGGUCAACUGUACAAAGGUGAAACAAUUCAUUGCUUCGGAGUUAGGUUUCUACAUCAUCAAUGUAACCAGAGCUGUGGAGGUAUGCAGCAGGCAUCUGUGCCAGAAUAACGGGCGAUGCAUACGAAGAAACUGGACGUCUUUGGACUACCUUCAUUUAAACCCCAACAGCUUCCAGAUCAAAGCCUCUGAAGACCAGGGAUUUACUGUGAGAGGGAAAGCUUCACUUUCAGACCUCCAAAUUAUGUCAGAAAAAUUCACCUGCCACUGUUAUCAAGGGUUUAAAGGACCCGAUUGCAGGGAAGGGGAGAUUUCGGGCAAGCAACCAGGAAAUUCAGCCAAUUUACUCUCGUCUGGACUACUAGUGAUGAUAAAACUAGUUUCCUUGAACUGUUUAAUUCCCGAGACUUCAGGUUUGACUUAA